AUGGAGCUGAAAGGAAAGGUUGCUUUGAUCACCGGAGCCGCUGCCGGCAUCGGCCUCGCUUACUGUGAAGAGUUACUUAAGCAAGGAGCUAAGGUUUCAAUAUGCGAUAUCGAUUCUGAAAUCGGAGAACAGGUGUCGGAUGAACUGGGCGUGAAGUAUGGCCGGAAGAACGUACUGUUUUGCCAAUGUGACGUCACGGACUAUCCGCAAUAUGAGGAAGCGUUCGAGAUGACAAUAAAAGUAUUCAAUCGACUGGACAUAGUGAUAAACAACGCCGGAGUUAUGAAUGAUAGAUUUUGGGAACUCGAAGUUGACGUGAAUUUGAAUGGCGUAAUUCGUGGCACACUAUUAGCCUAUCGGUUCAUGGGCAAGGACCGCGGCGGGCAAGGUGGUACGAUUGUUAACACCGCUUCAACAGCCUUUGCAAGGCCACAGGUCUCCACGCCUAUCUACACCGCAACUAAUUAUGCCGUUGUUGGACUCACUCGUGCUUACGGGGAUCAGUAUCACGUGAACCUGACAGGAGUUCGAAGUAUGGUCCUCUGUCCAGGACUCACGGAUACGGGACUCGUUAAAGAGAUCCGAAAGCAGCUAAUGUCGUCUGAAUAUGAGGCUGCGUGGCAAAGAGACCACAUGAAUUGUAAGACGCAGAGUCCCGAGCAUGUCGGUAGAGCUCUAAUAGAAAUCCUCAUGAAAGGACAGAGUGGAUCGGUGUGGGUCGUCGAGAACGGUCAGCCACCCCGGGAAUGGCGCGGUUAA